CGUGCCAGCCACACGCCACGAUAAGACGUGUGUAAACAAUAACAACAAAUGGGGAACGAUUGAAUGACAAAAGAUCGCCCGGAAACACUCCCCCUAUAAAGUAGAAGCACCUUGCGCAGUUAGAACACAGAAUCACCAACUUUGACGGAUUGCACAUAGCAGUGGGAAGCCAAGGAACGAGAUCACACUCCGAUGAACAAGGAGCGAAGACUAGAUUGCCUCUCUUCGCUGCUAGAUCGUCGACGCUGAUCCGGGCCAGCAGCUUUAAAGGGAAAAGCAUGCCGUAUAAUCUACCUGAUAGUUGCAGCGACAACUGGUGCUGGAACAAACGGGACAAGUCACACGAAGUAAAAGUGUUUGGGAAGCGAAAUCAAAGUGUUCUUUUCCAUCCAAACUGGUCGAAUGGCACUGCGGCAGUACGAGGGAAUGACGCGCUGAAUAACGGCAGACAUUACUGGGAAAUCGACGUGUCGCAGAGGAUAUUUGGCACGAGUAUGAUGUUCGGUGUGGGUACGAAAAGAGCUCGCCUUCAUGUUGAUGCAUUUGUUAAUUUGUUGGGAGAGAACGAAGAAAGCUGGGGACUAUCGCACAAAGGACUUCUAUGGAACAGAGGUGAGAGCAAAAUUUACACAAAACCUUUCCGGGAAAAUGAACCUACAACGAUCGGCAUUUUGUUUGACGGAGUCCAGGGAACUUUAAGCUACUUCAAAGACGGGGAAACAUUGGGCGUUGCAUUUGAAGGUUUUAAAAAGAUAAAAGAAGACAUCUUUCCUAUCAUUUCAUCAACGGCAGCGAAAACCGAAAUGACUUUGAUCAGAUCGCGCCGCAGUUAUACAUCACUACAGGACCGAUGCCGAGCAGUCAUCAUUGCACAUGUUAAAGACGAGAAAUUGUUAGAAAAACUUUACUUGCCAAAUCGACUUAUAGAAUUUAUAAGAGAAGCGACGAGCUAGGAGCAGUAUUUGGAGAUUUUACAUCAGUGUGUUCAGCGCGACGAAAAGCAAAAUGGCCGCGACUCAUACCUAUUUAUACACCUUGGGUAGAACAAUGAAUACGUUUAUUAUAAAUAUAUAUAUAUGAUAUAGGUAGUAAAUAGAUCAGUAGAAUAGAAUAGAAUUGUUGAUAUUUAACUCUGCGAUUUUCAAGUUUACUUGAAGUUAAAAUCCCAGACGGGCCCACUACUGUGCAAUAUAUCAGGAAACUAUUAAGUUGACUGAUACUAAUAUUUUUGAUUUUAGUGAUAACAGCUUUUUUGAAUAACCUUACGUGCCCCACACGUUGCAAUAUACCUUUUUAUUACAUAAGCUUCCGAUUUAGUGAUUUUCUUUUGAUUUCCAUAUUUUAGUAAUACAUUUAAUUAUUCUUUUGUAAUAUUUUUAUAGCUUUUAUCCUUUGUAGAAACGUUUUAGCAAUUUUUCCUAUUGUGCGUUUUUCCACGGUCGCCAUUUUGAAUAAUUUUCCAUUUGCUUUUAAAAUCAUGUACAAUUUGAAAGAUUUUUUUCCAACUAAUGCUAACAUAUGCUGCCAAAAAUACCGUUUAAUUUUACAGAACUGAGUCAAUUUUAAAGCAAUAACUUGGUUCACAAUUUAGCCAAACACGAUUAUUUAAUGGGAGCUGAACAGAGAGCUCAGUGUCGCCAUGAUUGUUCGGCUAAUAAUCUAUUCAUGUUGUUAUGGCAACGACCACCAGCCUUUUAACAGUAAUCACGCAUUUGCUGAAGUUAAUACAUAUUACUUUUUCGUAUUUAUUUAUUUAUACCACGAUAAAUUUAGUUAUUUAUUUAUUUAUUUCGCUAUCCGUGACAUGUCAAUGUUUUUUUUUUUCUCACAAAAGAGCGAAUUAAAAAAAAACAAGGUGUGAAAUAUU